AUGAGAACCCGAUACCUUCCGACUCAUAGACAUCAAACUUCGCCUUCCGUGCCGAAAGCCAAACAAAAUCGCCUCUUGAUGCGAACUCGCCGAGCCCAGCUGUUACCUGACGAGAGACUGGGCACAUGUUUGCAGCCUAAAAAAAGGAGGGAAGAAAAGAAGGCCACUGUGAUUGACGAGUCGGGACAGCUCUCCCUGCCCCCCGAACCCUUCCUCUACCGCAUCCCCACCACGCCCUACAUAAUCAAAUACACCAACUACGGCUCCCCCAUCCCCUUCCACCAUGCCAUCCAGCUCCUCGUGACGGCGUCAGAAGAGAUGAUGUACGAGAUAAGCCUACUACCCGACCACGUCGACGUGCAAUUCUCGCGGACGCGCGUAUGGGCCGAAGAGACCGCGCGUCUGACCAUCAUGCCUACGCCGUCGAUGCGGCAUAGCACUUGCGGGAUGAUGUUGGCGGGCAUCAUAGGGUGCGGGGGAUUGUAUGGGUUUGUGGAGGCUGACAUGGUGUUUUUGAGCGUGCGGGACCCGUUCCGUCCGUUUGCGAAUGGGACCUUGGCAAUUGGAUGA